GCACGAUUAAGAUAACUAAUAUCGCACAUUUAUAAUUGGAAGUAGUAAAAUGACACGUCUUGCAGUGCAUGUUGCUAUUCUUUCUAGUAGUAUUUAUAGAUAGGAUCUAUUAAACUUAUAAGUAUAACAAGGAUUUAAUGAGAUGCAGAUACACACUGUGGAAACGAUUGUUCACUUUUCCUCUGUGUGCCUUUCCCUGCACGUAAUUAUAUAAAGGCUGUUUGGAUGAAAGCAUACAUUGAGGAAUUACUUCUAGGAUCUUAUGAUCUGAUACACCUUAAGCUGAUUUAAAAAGAGGUAUAAGCCAGUAUUGAUUGAUCAAUGGUAGAGAAGCAGCGGUAAUUCCAAACUAAAGCGGAUGUAUCAAAGAUGAUGUAGGCUGUUAAAGACUGUGAAGCAGUACUUAAUCUUCGAGAUAAAGGAAAUGGAAGCUUAAAUAAAUGCAUCACCUAGAAGUAUCUGACUUAUUAUGUACUUACGCCAUAUGUCGCGAUUGUCAUGAACAAGAAGCGAUUACAAGAUAUAAAUCAAUUGGGCAAGUAAAUAUAUUUUUAUUGGAAACAGGAGGCUUCUCGCUUGAGAAAUUGGACUAAAGUUGACGGUGCAUGAAUCAGAAGGAUUUUCGAUACUUCAUUACAAGAAAUUGGUGCGCAUGGAACUAGCGCGAUGGAUUUGAGUGGAAGUGUUAUUAGGUGUUAGUCUGCCAAUGAAAUACCAAAUAAUGUCUAUAGAAAGAAAUAUUAUUUUUUCAGUGAGAAAUGUAGGUUUAUUUAUUUUCAUUGUACUGUUUGGCAAAGUGUUAAGUUCCAAAUUUGAUGGAGUUAAAAAUGUGACAAAUAUUACCGUUGGAUAUUUAACGGUUGACAGAACGCUGAAUUUUAUGAGAGGGAAGCAAGCACGUGUUAUUUCAGGCGCAAUAUCGUAUGCAUUAGAACUGAUAAACAAUGACACAAAAAUAUUACCAAACCACCGCUUAAAUUUAAUAUGGGGAGAUACUAUGGCAGAUACACUGGUCGGCACACGGCUUUUAACCGACCAGUGGCGGAAAGGAGCAAAGGUGUUCAUAGGACUUGAGGACAGUUGCAGUGUUGAAGCCAAAGUCGCAGCGGCAUGGAAUCUUCCUAUGAUAUCAUACAAAUGUGCCGACUAUGAUGUUUCAAAUAAAGAAGAAUUUCCUACAUUUGCUCGAACAUUUCCUCCUGCCACACAGGUUGCGAAGCCAAUCAUCUCUUUACUUCUUCAUUUCAACUGGAAAAAGUUCACACUGAUCUUCGGUUCCCUGCACAAAUCAAAAGUGAUUGCCGAAAAGAUACGAGAGCUUGCUGCUCAAAAUAACAUUACAAUUAACGAUGAACAAACGUUCAACGAUCCUCAUAUACCGCUUACUAUGGGUAAUCCAUUUCCUGGCAUUGUAGAGAGAACAUUUGUUGAUACGAGAGUUUAUGUCUUUCUUGGAACGUACAAUGGCAUUGUUGAUAUGAUGACCAACAUGUAUGAUCGGGGACUGUUAGACACAGGGGAAUACGUUGUUAUUUACUUCGAUCAUGAAACAGUAGACACCAUAGAUCCAUUUAGAUACUAUAGACGAACCUCAGACCCACCAUUGACGAAAACGAAUGAGGAGGCUGUAAGGUCGUUACUAGUUAUCACAGGCAGCCCACCAUCAAACCCAAACUAUGACGACUUCAAGGAGAUCGUCAGCCUUUAUGGAGAAAGAAAGCCAUUUAGUUUUCCAAAUCCAUUCAAUUUUCAGAGGAAGAUAUCCGUAUAUGCUGCCUACUUGUAUGAUGCAGUGAUGCUCUAUGCCAAGGCUGCUCACCAACAUCUUGAAGAGGGAGGAGAUAUAACAAAUGGAACAGCCAUUAUCCAAAAGAUUUUAGGAAGUAACUAUGUUGGUAUCCAGGGCUUUAUUUCACAUAUAGACGAGAAUGGCGAUGCAGAGGGCAAUUAUACAUUAUUAUCAAGACAACCAUUCAAAACAAAUCUGUCAGACUAUUCCAUGAGACCUGUUGGACAUUUUGAAAUGGAUAAAAAUUACAACGGCCUCCCGGUAUUCCGAGUACUACCAAAGAACAUGAUACAUUGGGUGAAUGGAGAACCUCCGAUAGAUGAACCAGAAUGCGGAUAUAGGGCUCAGAAAUGUAUUCCGCCAAAAACAUAUACACUUGAAAUUCUCGGAGGGACUAUCGGUGGAAUAGCUCUAGUCGCAAUCAUUGUGGUUCUUAUAAUCUAUAGGAACUGGCGUUACGAGCAGGAGAUUGCGGGCUUACUGUGGCGAAUCAACAGGGAGGAUUUAAAAACACCUGAUUCUAUGGCAAGCAAUGGCAGGAGAGAUAGUUUUGGUAGCAGGAUGACUUUGUCUCAACUAUCGGUAGAUUCCAGGAUGUCAUUCACCCAAGUGUACGCACGGACAGGUGGAUACAAAGGACAAAUUGUCGCACUGAAGAUGUAUGAGAAGAAAAACUUGUACUUCAAUAGGAAGAUGAAGAAAGAGAUGAAACUGAUGCGAGAUUUGCGUCACAGUAAUAUUAAUACGUUUCUUGGAGCUUGCAUUGAUCCGCCAGUGUUUAUCAUUGUGACAGAGUAUUGCUCAAAGGGAAGUUUACUGGAUAUAUUAGAGAAUGAGGAUUUGAAACUGGAUAGCAUGUUUAUAUUUUCUAUUAUAAGAGACAUUCUACAGGGAAUGAUAUUCCUUCACGACAGUGAACUUGUCUACCACGGCAACCUAAAGAGUUCCAAUUGUGUGGUUAAUAGUCGGUGGACUGUUCAGAUUACAGAUUUUGGUCUGUUAGAAGUCAGGGCAGCAACAUAUAAAAUGGAGGACGAGCACGCUUUCUACAGAAAUUUAUUCUGGAAGGCGCCAGAAUGCCUAAAAUCCUCCGUGUUGAAGGGAUCACAGAAAGGUGAUGUUUACGCAUUUGGAAUUAUUCUGCACGAGAUUUUCGGUCGAGCGGGACCAUACGGCUUCUGUAACAUGAGCCCAAGAGAAAUCGUAGAACGAGUGAGAACCGAUUCAGAACCAUUCCGUCCUAAUGUGCGGUUGCUUUCUUGUGAAAGUUUUAUCAUAGAAUGUAUGCAAUCAUGUUGGAAUGAAGUCCCGGAUGAGAGGCCAGACUUCCGGACAAUCCGGAAAGUGUUAACGCCAUUACGACAUGGAUCGAAACGAAAUAUAUUUGAUAACAUGAUGGCAAUGAUGGAGAAAUAUCAGAAAAACUUAGAAGAUAUUGUUGAAGAGAGGACAACUUUGUUAAUUGAAGAAAAGAAGAAAACAGAAGCUCUUCUACUCAGAAUGUUACCUAAGUGCGUAGCUGAUCAAUUAAAACUUGGAGAAGCUGUGAUUCCAGAGUCCUACAGUUGUGUUACAAUUUACUUUAGUGAUAUUUGUGGAUUUACUCAUCUUUCCGCGGAAAGUACCCCAAUGCAGGUCGUUGACAUGUUGAACGACUUGUACACAAUAUUUGACAAUAUCAUCAGACACUUUGAUGUCUUCAAAAUAGAAACAAUUGGUGAUGCAUAUAUGGUUGUGAGCGGUUUACCUAUACGAAAUGGAGACAUUCAUGCAGGAGAAAUUGCCUCAAUGUCUCUCAAACUCCUGAUGGAAAUCAAAAACUUCAGAGUCAGGCACCGUCCAGAUUACAAAAUGUCGCUCAGGAUUGGGAUGCACUCAGGUCCAUGUGUCGCAGGUGUAGUUGGGUUAACAAUGCCGCGGUAUACAUUGUUUGGUGAUACAGUGAACACGGCAUCGCGAAUGGAAACAAAUGGAGAGCCAAUGAAGAUUCACUGUAGCCAACAGAGUAAAGACAUCCUAGAAAAAUUGGGUGGAUACAAUUUAGAAUCACGUGGAAAAGUUGCCAUGAAGGGCAAAGGUGAGCUGUUUACAUAUUGGCUGCUAAGCGAGGACGAAAGUAUACGUCUGGAAAGAAUAAAGAAUGCACCAAUGAUUACCGAUAUUUACAGGAACAAUUACUUCCAGCCAGGCACACCAAAUGUUGGCCAUAAAUGUUUCAAUUCCAAUAAAAUAAAAUCGUCUCCUCAAAAUUUUCUCGGUAAAACUACACAUAACUGUGAAAAUGAUGAUAAUCUUAAAGUGCCAGACCCAAACAUUUUAGAACUUAUACGAGAAACUGACAAGGUUCACCCUCGUAAUGACACACAGAUGUUGAAAACUUUAAAUCACUGCCAGCGUGAACCUGCAAGUAAUGCAACAGUGCAUGGAGUAAACAGCAUUCAUGUUAAUCUAAAGGCUCCAAUCAAUGGACUGGCAUCAGACCUAUUUACAAGAUCAUCAUCCGGUUCAGAUCUUACGUCACCAAAACAUUUUUCGUCACGUGACACUAAUGGAAUAUCAAAUGACACAACAAAUGAGGCCGAGUGUUUGUUAAUUAGACAUCAUUCUGUGGGUCAUCGACCUAAAUCCAGAUAUGGAUUAACCGCCAACGUUUGCAAUAAUUCUUCAGGAGCAAUAAGAAGUGAUAAAAUGUUACAAGGAGAGGAGGAAAUUGUAAACACAAAAGUCUAAUGAUCAAGGAAUCUUCCUUCAAAUGAAGGGCAAAGUCAUAAGAAUCAAUAGAGUCGUUAUGCAAGUAAUUGUUGUGUCGAAGGGGAAAGCAUUGUUUUCUAAAACCAUUUCAAUUACAGUGAAAUUGACUCAGAUACUUUUGUAGCAGCCAAGUGUAUAUCUCUUAUGGUACUAUUGUUGUAUCAACAAAAAUGCAGGGAAUUUACGAGUGAUUAAUUCACAUUAUUAUCUAACAGCCCUUAUAAACCCUUAUAUGAUAAUAUUAUUUUUUUCUUCUAGCACACUCAUUCAUGUUUCUGACAGUGUAUCGUCAGGUGAACAAAAGUCAUCUGAUAAACAGGCGUUUUGUUUUAUAGAUUAUAAGCGAUGUAAUUGUUUCUUUUCUGUACAUACUUUUCUAAACAAACUUUUGGCUUCAUUAUUAUACAGCCAAUAAGGUAUGCAAAUGCAGUGGCUACGAAAGGACCUUAACUUGUCCACCUUUCGUCAUGUCGUAUAGCAGUACCUUACAAGCAGCGACUGACAUGGUCUCCAAAAAGCGAAAGUGCUCUGGGUUUGAAAAAUUUAUGUGUGUAAUCUUCUAAAGAAAUAUGUUUUGAAAUGUUAUUUUGUUUAACAAUAUUGCCCAUUUUAGCUUGAUGUCUGCUCUUUUGCUCAUGUGAAUUGCUUAUCUGGUUUCGUGUACAUUUGUGGUAGAACUACAAUGCUUUCACUGUAUUAUUUCUUGGCUCAAAUAAUGAGAUCUGACAUUACGUAUGGUGAUUGUGUCCAUUUUGGGACGAUGAAUAGUCCUACUGCAAAAUAUGAAGCAUUUGAUUACGCCAUGACUAGUAUGGCUAAGUAGGCUCGCUCAAUAGUAUACAAACAUGUAGAUAAUUAAAACAUUUCCAUAUUUUACACUACAUUCCAUUGUUUACGCUAUGUUUACUUUCGGCCAUUCUUGUGAUGUACUGAUAAAUAUGGCGUAAGAAUGUCGCUUGUCACUAGUGUGAGGUCUUAGCAUUGCUGCACUCAAUUUUGAACAGCAAUAUAAGUGUUGUACAUGUUAUGUAUGUAAGUUUGUAUCUGUAAAAGGAAAAAACGUCAUGAAACAAAUUUGACACGUCACAAAUGCCCCUCUAACUCAUCCGGUAUUAUUUGAACUUUAUUUUCGGUUUUUAGCUCACCUGUCACGUAGUGACAGGGUGAGCUUUUGUGAUCGCCCUUCGUCCGUCGUCCGUCCGUCCGUCCGUCGUCCGUCCACAAUUUCUUGUCUGCACGAUAGUGGUUUCAUUUCUGAUUUUAUUUUAACCAAACUUGCACACAACUUAUAUCACCAUAUGAUCUUGGUUCCUUUCUUAAACUGGUCAGAUCCCAUUAUGGGUUCCAGAGUUAUGGCCCCUGAAAGGGCCAAAAUUAGCUAUUUUGACCUUGUCUGCACAAUAGCAGCUUCAUUUAUGAUUUUAUUUUAACCAAACUUGCACACAACUUGUAUCACUAUAAGAUCUCGGAUCCUUUCUUGAACUGGCCAGAUUCCUUUAUGGGUUCCAGAGUUAUGGCCCCUGAAAGGGCCAAAAUUAGAUAUUUUUUUACCUUGUCUGCACAAUAGCAGCUUUAUUUAUGAUUCGAUUUUUACCAAACUUGCACAAAACGUGUAUCACCAUAAGAUCUUAAUUCCUUUCUUGAACUGGCUAUAUCCAAUUAUGGGUUCCAGAGUUAUGGCCCCUGAAAGGUCCAAAAUUAGCUAUUUUGACCUUGUCUGCACAAUAGCAGCUUUAUUUAUGAUUUGAUUUUUAACAAACUUGCACACAACUUGUUUCACCAUAAGAUCUUGGUUCCUUUAUUGAACUGGCUAGAUCCCAUUAUGGGUUCCAGAGUUACGGGCCCUUAAAUGGCCAAAAUUAGCUAUUUUGACCUUGUCUGCACAAUAGCAGCUUUAUUUAUGAUUCGAUUUUUACCAAACUUGCACACAACUUGUAUCACCAUAUGAUCUUGAUUCCUUUCUUGAACUGGCCAGAUUCUAUUAUGGUAGCCAGAGUGAUGGCCCCUGAAAGGGCCAGAGUUAGCUAUGUUGACCUUGUCUGCACAAUAGCAGCUUCAUUUAUGAUUUGAAUUUAAUCAUUCUUGCACAAAACUUGUGUCAGCACAAGAUCUCGGAUCCUUCCUUGAACUGGCCAGAUCCCGUAAUGGGUUUCAGAGUUAUGGCCCCUGAAAGGGCCAAAAUGAGCUAUUUUGACCUUGUCUGCGCAAUAGCAGCUUCUUUUAUGAUUUGAUUUUAACCAAACUUGCACACAACUUGUAUCACCACAAGAUCUUGAUUGCUUUCUUGAACUGGCCAGAUUCCUUUAUGGGUUCCAGAGUUAUGGCCCCCGAUAGGGCCAGAAUUAGCUAUUAUAACCUUGUCUGCUCAAUAGCAGCUUCAUUUAUGAUUUGAAUUUAAUCAAACUUGCACAAACUCUUGUGUCAACAUAAGAUCUUGGUUCCUUUCUUGAACUGGCCAGAUCCCGUAAUGGGUUCCAGUGUUAUGGCCCCUGAAAGGGCCAAAGUUAGCUAUUUUGACUUUGUCUGCACAAUAGCAGCUUCAUUUAUGAUUUGAUUUUAACCAAACUUGCACACAACUUGUAUCACCAUAAGAUUCCGAUUUAUUUUUAUACGCCCUAAGGAACGUGUUAUGUUAUCGCCUUGGUGUCCGUCUGUCUGUCUGUUGGUUAGCAAUUUCCCUUCCGCUCUGUAACUUUUGAACCCCUUGAAGGAUUUCAAAGAAACCUGACACAAAUGUUCACCUCAUGGAAACGAUGUGCAGAGCGCAUGUUUCGGAUGGCUCACUUCAAGGUCAGUGUCACACUUGGGGGUCAAAGGUCAUAUGACUUUGUUUUGUGUGUAUAUUGCUCUGCAUUUGCUUUGCAGUGCUCUUGUUUUUAUUUGGCAGAUCCUUCUUUUGUUCACUUACAAUACAUUUUAGCUCACCUGAGCCAAAGGCUCAUGGUGAGCUUUUGUGACCGCUCAAUGUCCGUCAUCCGUCGUCGGUCGUCCGUCGUGCGUCGUCCGUCUGUCAACAUUUUCUAAAAAAAUUUUCUUCUUGAAAACCACUAGGCAGAAUUACACCAAUCUUCACAGGAAUGAUCCUUGGGUCGCCCCCUUUCAAAAUUGUUCAAAGAAUUGAAUUCCAUGCAGAACUCUGGUUGCCAUGGCAACCGAAAGGAAAAACUUUAAAAAUCUUCUUCUCAAAAACCAGAAGUCCUAGAGCUUAGAUAUUUGACAUGUAGCAUUGCCUAGUAGACCUCUACUUAAGUUGUUCAAAUCAUGACCCCAGAAUCAAAAUUGACCCCACCCCAGGGGUCACUUGAUUUUACAUAGGAAAAUCUUCAAAAAUUUUCUAAAAAUAAACCAGAAGGCCUAGAGCUUAGAUAUUUCACACGUAGCAUUGCCUAGUAGACCUCUACAAAAUUUGUUCAAAUCUUGAUCCCCCUGGGUCAAAUUGUCCCAGCCCCAGGGGUUACUUGAUUGUACACAAGGAAAUCUUCAUAAAUUUGCUAAAAAUAAACCAGAAGGCCUAGAUCUUAGAUAUUUGACAUGUAGCAUUGCCUAGUAGACUUCUACAAAAUGUAUUCAAAUCAUAACCCCCGGGGUCAAAUUGACCCCGCCCCAUGGGGUUACUUGACUGUACAUAGAAAAUUUCUUCAAAAUUUUCUUUAAAAAAACCAGAAUCAGGAGGACAUCGGGAAAUCUUCCAAAAAAUUUCUAAAAAUCAUCAGUUUGACAUUUGAAACAUGUAGCUCAUAUUAUUCAGGUGAGCGAUCCAGGGUCAUCAUGACCCUCUUGUAUAGUUUUAAGAGAAAUGCAUUUAUGCCUCUUUUAUAUAAUUCAGUUCUGCUACACCUGCUCGAGAUGCCUCUGUAACCAAGUAAUUAAGGUUGCGGACUUUGAAUCUCCAGCCCUUCUCCUCUGUUGGUUCGAGCUUUGCUUUGAUGCUAAUUUAAGGGAAGGUAUUCAGCUGGUUUGUGUAAAAUAGACGGUUCUGUCCAGAUGACCGUCCGUGUCUGAUGUUUAGGGGGCACCUAUGGUCUUCCUCUACUAAUAAAGCUGUGAUGUUGUCAGAUGUCAUAAAUCGUUGAAGUUAUGUACAGUUUAAACAGCAUAUUUUGAUAAUGUUUCUACUGUUUGUUCUUUACAUGUGGCGUUCACCAAAGAACAUCAGUGAUACCUGUCUUUGGACCUUCUCUGUACUUGACCCCAACUGCUCCCUCUGAGAUCGUUCUUCUUCUUUGCUGCUUGGUCAUUGGUAUUACAGUUUGGCCAAUCCUGUGUACAUAGCUAAUCAAUCUCAACCUCCUGCGUUUCAUUUACAUAAAGAGUGACGUUUAUUUUUCUGCGAUAUAGUUUUUGUUUAACAUUCAUACAAUUAUUUGUCCAGAGGCAGAACUGUUAAACUGUGUACAUUUUGUAAAUGUUUUGUUACAUGUUGAUUUUGUGAUACUUAAUUCAUAUUAUCUGUUGAUCCAAUAUCCCAUUAUCUGUAAUAUAUGAUUACAUGACAUGCACUUGUUUAUGGUUUUGAAAUAAACUGAUUUCUAAAGAGCA